UUUGCCCUGCAAAAUCUGACGUUUGGACCAAAAAUGUCCCACUUUGGGCAUUUGAAAAGGUGGCAACCCUAGUUCCUUGCUGCCUAAAGCCAGUCACGGUUAUACGCUUGUCUUUUCAGUUUAAUAUCACAUGACUUAAGUUUCGAUUUGCCCAUAACCGGAACUGAAACGCAUCAAAAAAUGGCCAGUUCUCAUUUGCAGUCUGCGGACUUUAUGGAGGAAUUAAUUUGUUCAGUUUGUUUGGAACUCUUUAUACAGCCAGUGAUUUUGGAGUGUGGACACAACUACUGCAAGACCUGUAUUGACAAUGUUUGGGAGAGUGAAGGCACUCCCAAGUGCCCAGAGUGUCGAGCUCCUAAUCCUGGAAAGAAGUACACCCUUAAUCGAUUAUUGUCUAGACUGGUAGAAAAAACACAAAGUCUUGAUCUCGAAGACCGCUUGAGUCCAACGUUAGCAAGCCCACCUGCUAAUGUGAGCAGAGACGUCCAACUAUGUGACGCGCAUGGAGAAGGAAUGAAACUUUUCUGUGAGGACUGUCGCUGUCCAGCAUGUCUUGUUUGUAAAGGCUCCAUAAAACACAGAGGUCACAGUUUCUUGCCACUUCAGGAAGCAGAACAGCUUCAACGACAAAAAUACGAG